AUGACCAUCUUCGACGUCCUCAUCAUCGGCGGAGGCCCGGCUGGGCUAUCAGUUGCCACAGGCCUCGCGCGCCAACUGCAUAGAGCUAUCGUGUUUGACUCCGGGGUCUAUCGCAAUGCUCUCGCAACUCACAUGCACAAUGUGGCCUCGUGGGAUCACACGCCACCAGAAGAAUUCCGCCAGACUGCUAGACAGCGUAUCAUAUCCUGGUACGAUACGAUCCAAUUUGAGAAUGUCGAGAUCAAGAAGGUCGAGCGGAACAUUGAAGGGGGCUUUAAUGCCGUUGACUCGCGAGAGCGAGUGUGGACGGGAAAGAAGCUGGUCUUUGCGAAUGGGGUCCGCGAUAUUUAUCCCGAUAUUGCGGGUUAUGGAGAGUGCUGGGGCCGGGGAAUUUUUCACUGUCUCUUCUGCCACGGCUUUGAAGAGCGAGGAUGCAAGUCCGUCGGAGUACUCGCCAUUGGAGAUAUGGCUAGUAUAAAGCCAGCGAUGCACGUUGCACGGAUGUCCCGGCGAUUCGCCACGACCGUCACCAUCUAUACCCACGGUGCGGAAGAGCUUACCCUGGCUCUCGAGAAAGCCACCCAUGAUACGGGGUUCAAGGUCGACAGCAGGCCUAUCACGCGAUUGGUCAAGGGACCGGGUUUAUCGGACGUGGAGGUAGGAUUUGAGGACGGUACUCAGAAUAUGGAAGGAUUCCUAGUCCACCGGCCCAAGACGGAAAUAAAUGGCCCUUUCGCCGAACAACUCGGAUUGCACCUCACCUCCGAUGGCGAUAUCAAGACAACUGAGCCGUUCUACACCACGUCCAUCCCGGGAGUAUUCGCGGCGGGUGACUGCGCCAUGCCCCUCAAAGCGGUAGUAAUGGCCAUGUCGUCGGGGACAUUAGUAGCGGGGGGAUUGGCUGGACAGCUGCAGGCGGAGCUGUAUCCAGAAGCGGAGAAACUAGCAUAG